GGAAUUUGAAAGGAGGAAACAGUACGGAGACGUUGAGAAUAGAGGACUCUUACAACUAGAGCGCGCAAUCAACAUCAGUGUUAGUCAUAUAUAUUUGAAAAUAAGAUCUUAUCAGAAUUGCAAUAGGAGAAGGAAAUAGCAGAUAUUCAACUAGUUAUCAAUUUGACUGUUUUAUUUGAUUGUUUUGAUAUCGGCUUCAUCAUAAAAGGGAUGCAUUUGUUGAGCAUGUCCACCAAAUGGCCGUCCUACGACUCCCGCUCCUCCACCCCCAGCUUCCUCCUCAGCGAGAGCGACGUGACGGAGGACGAGGCAGACAUUGAUGUCUUCACCUCCGAAAGCGAGGGAGAUAGCUCAGGGGGUGGCAAGACCUGCUCGGUAACAUUCCCCCUGGCCGGGGGUGGCGAGGCAGCCCCAAGGUUACACUGGUCCAUGGCUGGGAGUGGACAAGCGGAAUGCUUUCCCCACACCAACAUCUACCCAUCCAUGGUGGCGUCCUCUUGCAGUGCUGCAUUCUGCACAAAGGAAAGCACAGAGGAGACCACACAAGGAGACCUGGCCUUCGCUCAGAAAUGUUCAGAGCUACAAAAGUUUAUCAGACCCCUGUUGGAGCUUCUGAAUGGACUCAAGACGGGGAGAUUUGAGAGAGGUCUUAGCAGUUUCCAGUCGAGCGUUGCCAUCGACAGACUACAGAGGAUCCUGGGUAUUCUUCAGAAACCUGACAUGGGAGAGAAAUUCCUCCGCACACUCCUGCAGGUAGAGAUGAUGCUGAAGAUGUGGUUCCCCCAUGUGACCCCUGUCGCUGCCAGCCAGAACCCCACACCCAGUCUUCCGCCACGAUGGCACCAAAAUCAGCUGUGUAUGCCAGUCAAAAAGCGCAAGCUUAGCUGGUUGGACUCUGAUUUCCCCAGUGCCGCCCCACCCAGCUGCAAGCGCCUGCAGUGUGAGGACAACUACCAGGAAGUGACCUCACAAGACUUUAGCCUUUUGAGCACAGACACUUAUAGCCCGUCAUGUCUGACUGUCAGCAGGAGAAGAAAGGGAAAUAAGAGGCUUGAAAUUUCACCUUGCUCUGCAUGUGGUAGCCCAGCCACACAAGACAGCCGUGUCUCCUCCACCCAUCUGGUCUUUCACUCACAUCAGCUCUCCCUCCAUGGACAUCAGCCACGGAGGUGCCACAGCGGGCCUGGCACAGUGAAGACACAGACCAAUAUUACAUCAGUGGGAAUCCAAAGGAGGAGUCAAUCUAUUCCCACAUUACUAAGGUCUAUGAAACAAGAGCCGGAGUAGAAGCACAGACACGUAAAAGUGGACAUAAAACUGAACUCUGAACUUAUUGCACCUUUUAACCAUCUUUCAUCCACUUUUGUCUGUGUUGGAGAGUUCUUUUUUUUUUUUUUUUUUUUAACUGAAAUUUAUCUGGGAAUAUUUUUUUAUGGUUGAUAUGAUAAAGCAGUGUUUAGUAAUAAAUAAAACAAAUAUAUAUAGUGUUACAUUUUUAUUUUAUUUUAGACUUGUCAACAAAAAUAGACAUACAGUCCAAUCACAUGAAAUACACUAAAAAAAGAUUGACCUCAACACACAGUUAUGAUAAAGUUAUCAAUAGUAGUACAUCUUAAAACACGGACAAUACAAUGAAAAACAAUACAAGAACCUGUUAAUCCUUUAGCUGAUGCAGCACAGUGAAAAAAGGCAGCUGAAUGUAUAAGGCUUGCUAUACCACCUCAUUGAUUGUAAACCAUGCCGUACAACUGGCACUAAACCACUGCCAACCAGUGGCAACAAAACCAUUUAUUUAUUACACAGUUUAAUGUAACUAUUGACUAAAUCCACCUCAGUGUGAAUACUAACUACACCAGUAGCAUACGAUUGGAAUGAAGUCCAUUAAGAACUACAAAAGAGGAGAAAUAACAACUAUGUUAGAUUUAUUGUAUUUCUCAUAAAAUAGGUCUGGGUCUGGAAUGGGUCUGUUCUGAAAAACCUGGAUGCAGACAGGGAUUCCCUAUUACAUUCUAAUUGGCUUUAUAACUGUAUCUAAACUGCUUUAUAACUGUAAAUCUAUAGUAUACAUUUAUUUAACUAGGCAAGUCAGUUAAGAACAAAUUCUUAUUUUCAAUGACGGCCUAGGAACAGUGGGUUAACUGCCUGUUCAGGUGCAGAACGACAGAUUUGUACCUUGUCAGCUCGGGGGUUUGAACUUGCAACCUUCCAGUUACUAGUCCAACACUCUUAACCACUAGGCUACCCUGCCGCCCCCUUACUUUUUGAUACAUUUGAUGUCAGGUUUAUUCUAUGGUGUGAAAAGAAAAAUAUUUUGAAGAAUACACUGCCCAAAAGUGAUUUGCACUUGAGUAUUUUACUUUCGAUAACAAAGGACAUUCCACUUUGUUGAUAAAUAUUACUAUUGUGAUGACGCAAAACACCUCAUUUUUAAUCUUCUAGGAAGGUUUCUAUUGGAUUGGGAGAAAAUCCCCCAAAAAUAUUUAAUUAGGCCAUUUGAACCACAAUGUUUUUGCCUAGCAAAUAUCAUUCAUGUUGAAUGCCACUUUAUCCCUGGCCACUUUCAGAGAGUCUCUCUUGAGUUGUAACUACCUCGAUGGGAGUAGGCAGGAAACCAAGAAUAACUGGGUACUGACUUGAUCUACCAACUUAAAGAAGAUUUCUGGAUAAAAACGAAUACAGACAACUGAAGCUGGUAGUAUGUGUUAUUGUUCCUAACCAUGCUGAGGAAGGCCCAGGUCAUGGACAGCAUAGGAGAGAGAUCUAUUCAGUUGUAAACACAGGUAACUGUGUUGAGGCAAUGCACAACCCUUCCUAAAAGCUGGUCAUACAUCAGCCAAUUGUGGAGUUGUCUAUUUAGAUAUUUCCCUUAAUACUCCUGCUUAAUUAACAGUGUCCCGUGUGGCUCAGUUGGUAGAGCAUGGCGCUUGCAAUGCCUGGAGAAGCGUGUCUGUUAAAUGACUAAAGUGUGACAUUAAAAAAAUCGAAAUAAAAUGUACAUUUCUAAAUAAAUAGGGCCUAUGUUUUGGACAUUUUCUCUGUUUAUCAAAAGAGGACAAAUGGUUAGGCUGAGAAGGAUACUUCGCUGUUUUAUGUUAUCUUCCUUUAUUCAAGCCAUUUCCUUUGCCUCCUUUCUUCCUACCUUUUACCCAAUACCCUCUAUCACAUUUUUGGGUUGGACAUAAUAUAAUUGUUUUUUGGUUACACACAAUGUACUUGUGCAUAAUAUUUUAUAUAAAAUUGUUUGAGAGCUAUAUUGUUUUUGAUAAAUUGUACCCUUUUUGCUGAAAUAAAGUAACGUGUUGGUUCAUCAGAACUUGA